AGACCCUCUUUCCCCCACCUCCACUCUCCUUUUACUACCCCUCUCCCUAUUCCUAGAAACCAACCUCUCACCCUCUUCUUCUCUUCUCUCUCUCUUUCACUCGCUCUUCUUGAUUUUGAAGCUUAAGGAACUCUCAGAAGCAGAUACAGUCUGUUGUAUCUUUGUUUUGAAGCAUCGGCAGAAUAUCACUGUCCAUGGCUUUCUGGGUGUGUCUGGUUCUUCUCUUGGCCCUCUCUGGGCACUCAAGUGCUACAUACUGUGUAUGUAAAGAUGGGGUGGGCGAGGGGGCCCUUCAGAAGACCAUAGACUAUGCAUGUGGAAGUGGAGCUGACUGCUCGGCUAUCAUUCAGAAUGGAGCCUGUUACCAACCCAACACGGUGAAAGCCCACUGCGACUAUGCUGCAAACAGCUAUUACCAGAGGAAGGGGUCAACUGGUGCUACCUGUGACUUUAAUGGAGUUGCCACUACCGUAGCUGCUGUUCCCAGUAGCAACCAAGUUUCUGGAUGUGUUUACCAGUCAAGUCCAAGCACUGGGGGAACAAGCACAACGCCGGGCGGCACCAGCACCAGCACCAGCACCAGCACCACCAAUGCCCCCCCACCACCGCUACCACCACCAGCGGCACCAACCCAGUGUUUGGUGGCACAGGACUGGCCCCCACAGGCAUCAAUGACACUAGCGCUGCGGCAGGUCUCUUACGAGGCAUCGGCUUGGCCUUCUUCUUCCUUGCUUUCUCAGGCUUGUUGGUGCUGUGGUGAUGAUGAUAGUGACUUGAAGAAGGUUUCCACCGAGACAAGAAAAACUGUGGGGUUAGGGAUGUUAUUUCAUUGGUUAACUAUGGGUACAUUGGAAAAAGUAAUGGAGGGGACUCCCCCACUUGUUUCUUAUUUUCUUCUUUUUGGUUGGUUCUGUUGGAAGAGGAAAAAAGGCUGGGAAUUUGAUUCCUUUUUGCUGGUGGCAUGACUUUUUAUUGGGGCAGUAGAACCUAAUUUUUCUCUUCCUUUUUAGCUUUUUCUUGAGCCAUUUGGUUUAGAUAUUCCUCUCUCUCUCUCUCUCUGUGUAUAUCUAAGAGAAAGACUUUUUAUUGGGGCAGUAGAACCUAAUUUUUCUCUUCCUUUUUAGCUUUUUCUUGAGCCAUUUGGUUUAGAUAUUCCUCUCUCUCUCUCUCUCUCUCUCUCUGUGUAUAUCUAAGAGAAAGACCAAGUCUUUUUUGAAUCCUAGGGCAAAAAAUUUGGUA